CAUUUCUAAGGGUGGAGAUAGAGAGAGGAGUUAGAUUAUCCAGACUGGAGGAAAAAGUUUCUGCUCCUUCCUUUGAGAGCAGGAGCAUAGUGGCCCCUGAGGAUGAGGUCUGGCUGGUUCAAAGCUUUCCUCAUGGUCAUAGCUGUGGCUUCAGGUUUGGUUUACCUGAGCUCCAUAAAAGCAGAGCUGAGCACCCACUCAGAGAGGCUCCACAGGGCCCAACACAAUGAGUCCCUCAGGGGCCAGGGAAUGAUGAUGAUGAGGAGGAUGGAGAUGAUGGAGAAGGACAUCAACAGGCUGAUGAGUUUGAUGAAACACUAUGAAAAGAAGGAGCAGGGACUAGAUAAAGCAAAGAAGGAGAAGAAGCGGGUGAUGAAGCUGUUCCCAGACUCCCAUCUGUUCCGCAAGUGGGGCGACGAUCUGUCAGAGGAGGAGCAGAAGGAGGCAGAGGACUUGUUCCAGCGGUAUGGAUACAACGCCUUCCUCAGCGACCGGCUGCCGAUCAACCGAGAGAUUCCUGACACCAGACCUCCAAGAUGUGCGGAGAAGAGGUAUCCAGAGGAUCUUCCCUCCCUCAGCGUGAUCUUGAUUUAUCUGGAUGAAGCCCUCUCUGUCAUUAAGAGAGCCAUCCGCAGCAUCAUUGACAGAACCCCUCCUCGGCUGCUGCUCGAAAUCAUACUGGUGGAUGAUCACAGCUCUAAUGAUGAUUUAUUGGGCAAACUGGACGAGUACAUUAGCUCCAUCCAUGAGGAGCGCCCAGGCCUGGUGAAGAAAAUUCAUCACUCGGAGCAGCUGGGUCUAACCCAGGCCAGACUGUCAGGGUGGAAAGCAGCGGUUGGAGAUGUGGUGGCCAUCCUGGAUGCACACAUAGAGGUCCAUGUCCAAUGGGCAGAGCCUCUUCUGGCUCGGAUUAAGGAGGACCGCACUGUGAUACUGACACCAGUUUUUGACAAAAUCAGCUUUGACGACUUGAUACCGAUUCCCUAUGGAACCAGUGCUCAUGGCUUUGACUGGGCCAUGUGGUGCAUGUACGAGGGCUUCAGACCUGAGUGGUACGCCUUGAGGGACGACUCCCAACCUGGCAAGAGCCCGUCUGUCAUGGGAAUACUGGUGGCUGAACGCAAGUUCUUUGGUGAGAUCGGGAGCCUCGACGGCGGGAUGAAAAUAUACGGAGGUGAAAAUGUAGAGCUCGGCAUCCGGGUAUGGCUGUGUGGAGGCAGCAUAGAGAUAAUCCCCUGCUCAAGGAUCGCUCACAUUGAACGCUUUCAUAAGCCUUAUGCCCGAGAUCUGAGCUCCUUCGUGAGGCGCAACGCCCUGCGGGUGGCGGAGGUGUGGCUGGACGACUACAAAUACAACGUGGAAGUGGCCUGGAACCUCCCCAUUGGCAAUCAUGGGAUAGACAUCGGAGAUGUUUCUGAGAGGAAGAAGCUGAAAGAGAAGCUGAAGUGUAAGCCCUUCCAGUGGUACCUGGAUAAUGUGUAUCCUAUGCUGGAACCAAUGAGCAACCUGCUUGGUUAUGGAGCUCUGAUUAAUGAUCUCCUGCCUGAUCAGUGUGUGGAUCGGGGCCCAGUUCCUGGCUUCAUCCCCAUCUUACAUGGAUGCCACUUCUUCACCCCACAGCAUUGCCAUUACCACACUGAUGGGACACUGCACAUCGGUGGGUUCAAAUCCCACAAAUACGACAGCAGCGACUGUCUGCUGGAUCCUGGUUUAGGAGCUUUACCUGGACUGUAUCAGUGUAGAAUGGCAGAGCAGAAGAAACUGCACAUGUUUUGGGACUUCAAACAGGGGGGGCAGAUCCAGAACAGAGAAACAAAGAGGUGUCUGGAAAUCUCAAUGCGAGGCUUGAAUCUCAAACUGGUUCUUCAGCAGUGCAGUGGUCAGCGAUGGAAGCUGCAACAUGUGGUCGAUGUUACGGCACAAAAACUGCACCGUCUUUCAGAGAAACUGGUACUGUAAACGCAAAAACAAGUGGAGCUUCAUCCAUAGUUCAAGUCAAACAGGAUUAGGUGUAACGGGGCAGUCAGGAGUUAGCAGAGAUGAAGCUGUCCCAUUUGGUUUGCCACAUGGUGAAAGCUCUGUCCUUAAGCUCAUCGGGCAGCGAGCUGUACCUGCAAACAGAGUAAACGGCUCUAAAUGUACCAAUCAUGGACUUUGCAAAGGAGCAGCUGAUUAUUGGAGAGUUCACUCAUGUAGAUACUUUAGUUUAUGCACACAGAACAGAGCAGCUUCAUCUCUAUGGUAAUAGAUGGUCAUAAAUUGGAUUAUUUAGAAUUACAGGAAUGUUGCAGAGUUGACUACUCAAUGUGGCCUAGUCUCUAUGAACCCAAAAGUAAAGUUUAACCAUCACAGCUUGUUUUUUUCCACACAGGAAGAGAAACAUAUCUACCACAACAACUGACAAUACAAUGCUUUUCUUCUAAAUGCACAUUUUUCUGGAAAUAAACAGUUUGACUUGUUCUGGCGU